CAGGCACUCCGUGCGUUCCUCAUCUAUGUGACCGAAGCAAGAGGGAGCGCGGAUGAUGAAGGGCCAUUGUGUCCUCCUGCUGCUUUCCUUCUCAGCCGGGCUGACCCUGUGCUACGAGCACGAGACGCGCCUCGUGGAAGACUUGUUCAGGGACUACAACAAGGUGGUGCGCCCCGUGGAAGACCAUCGGGAUGCGGUUGUCGUCACAGUCGGACUGCAGCUCAUUCAGCUUAUUAAUGUGGAUGAAGUAAAUCAGAUUGUAACAACGAAUGUACGUCUAAAACAGCAAUGGACAGAUGUCAACCUAAGAUGGAAUCCAGAAGAAUAUGGUGGUGUGAAAAAAAUCCGUAUUCCAUCAGAUGAUAUUUGGCGCCCAGACCUUGUUCUUUACAACAAUGCAGAUGGUGAUUUUGCUAUUGUUAAAUACACCAAAGUUCUUUUAGAACAUACAGGCCUGAUCACCUGGACACCACCAGCUAUUUUUAAAAGUUACUGUGAAAUUAUAGUCACACACUUUCCAUUUGACCAGCAGAACUGUAGUAUGAAGUUGGGCACUUGGACGUAUGAUGGUACAGUGGUUGUUAUUAACCCGGAGAGCGAUCGUCCAGAUCUGAGUAACUUCAUGGAGAGUGGCGAGUGGGUGAUGAAGGAUUACCGAGGCUGGAAGCACUGGGUUUACUACGCUUGCUGCCCUGAUACCCCCUAUCUGGAUAUCACAUAUCACUUCCUCAUGCAGCGCCUGCCUCUCUACUUUAUUGUGAAUGUCAUCAUUCCUUGUCUGCUCUUCUCAUUUCUAACUGGGUUAGUUUUUUAUCUACCCACAGAUUCAGGUGAGAAGAUGACUCUCAGCAUCUCUGUUUUGCUGUCUCUGACUGUGUUCCUUCUGGUCAUUGUGGAACUGAUUCCUUCCACGUCCAGCGCAGUGCCUUUGAUAGGCAAAUACAUGUUGUUUACAAUGGUGUUCGUCAUCGCUUCCAUCAUCAUUACGGUCAUUGUCAUCAACACCCACCACCGCUCCCCAAGUACCCACACCAUGCCGCAGUGGGUCAGGAAGAUCUUUAUUGACACCAUCCCAAACAUCAUGUUCUUCUCUACAAUGAAACGACCAUCCAGGGAUAGAGAAGACAAAAAUAUUUUUGCAGAAGAUAUUGAUAUUUCUGAAAUUUCUGGGAAACCAGAUCCCACGCCUGUCAACUUCUACUCCUCACUUACCAAAAACCCAGAUGUGAAAAGUGCUAUAGAGGGAAUCAAAUACAUUGCGGAAACGAUGAAAUCAGACCAAGAAUCUAGUAACGCUGCAGAGGAAUGGAAGUUUGUUGCAAUGGUGAUUGAUCAUCUUCUCCUUGGUAUAUUUAUGCUAGUUUGCAUUAUUGGAACAUUAGCUGUAUUUGCUGGUCGCCUUAUUGAAUUAAAUCAGCAGGGAUGAACACAAAAUUGAAACCAUUUGCUGCCCUGGCCAGCAUCUGAUAUGACCAUCAAAACCUGGCCAGCCUCUGGAAGUUUCACAGACAGAAAUCGGUUCCCACUGGGCAUGGGGAUAAUAAAAUGAAGGGUGCCAUACUUAGCACUUCUGAGCUGCUUCUUAGUGGCGUUUCACUGCCAAAAAAGAAACAUUUAUGCUACUGGUAGACUGAAUGGCUGUAAACCAGGUUUUGAUCCAUUUUACCAAUUAUUAAAAACAUUAAUGUGUUAAUAAGAUUGUUUGACUUUGUAACCCGCAGAUACAAUUCUAGUGACAUCAAUAGCAUAAUAUGCUUUAACUGGGCUUUAAAUCUGUAUCUAACUUUAGAUUUCAAGUUUCUUUUAAUAUCUGCUCUGUGUUUUCUGUAUUGGCAAUGUCUCAGAUGACUCUUCUUGUAACACUAGAUAUAACCAGCAGAAGUAUCUCAAACUCCAUGGUUAAGCACUUAAUUUUCAUGGAUAAAUCUGAAAUGCCUGACUCUGAUAUGUGCCUCUACCUGUAGAAACUCUUGGUCCAGCAAA